UAUGUUAUGUUAAACAGCAACGUAACUCCAAUUUCUUCUUCAUUAUUCCCAUUAGAAUAUUGGGUUUUGCCUGCAUUUCCACAAAUAUGCAGGUCAGAAUUUGUAGAAAGUUACGCAAAUAUUUACCACAGAGCACCUGGGGUUAUUAUUCCAGGGACCUUACGUCAAGUGGGAAGUUGGGUCCUAAAAACUGCGGGGAACACUUGGAACAGGCCAAAAAUAGUUUUCCAGUAUGUAAAUGUGGAUUUGAUAUGUUGGACGCUGGUUUUUUCAAUGACUGUAAGAAGCUUGAAAUUCAAAAGGGUGCACAAAAUUUUAACAUUCCUAUAAUCGGAAGCAAUAGGAAGUUAGUCGCUACUGAAAAUGGAGGUCUACAUAACCCUUCUCCUUUGGUUUUCAAUUCUGUAUGGAAUGCGAAAGAAGUAAAGCAAGGAACAGGCAAGUUCAAUUACCCUGUAUACUCUGGUAUUCAAAGGCCAAAAAAUGAUGAGGAUAUUGCUUUUAUGAGUAUUCUUGAACUUGGGCAACUUC